AGAAAAGAAUACGUGAACAGGUGACAAGCACUGGACCUUUGACCUCCAGGGACCUGAACAACCGGAACCACCACCGACUAUGCGAAUCUCCGGCGGUGCAUUCACCGACGUCACGGCACUCUUCUAUCCAUCUCCGACGCCUCCUUCCUUCACUAGGUCCCCUGACUUUCGGCAUCUCCACACCUUUUCCGACUCUAAACCCCCACCCUUUCUUAAAGGCUCUAGAGUCGAAACAUCACGAGCAUGGAGCUGUAUAGCCCAAGCAUCAUCAGGUGGUUCAGGUUCAGGUCACGAUCUGGUUCCUGUAGCACCGCUUGAGCUCGAGUCUCCAGUUGGUCAACUCCUAGAACAAAUUAUGCAAACGCAUCCUCAUCUGCUCCCUGCAGCCAUUGAUCAACAGCUCGACAACCUUCAAAACGAGAGAGACGCUCAAAAACAAGAACCGCCUCCUUCAUCUACAGAUAGCCUCUAUAGGAGAAUAGCGGAAGUGAAAGAAAAAGAUCGGCAAAAAGUAUUGGAAGAAAUAAUGUAUUGUUGGAUAGUUCAAAAGUUUAUCGACAAAGAGAUUUCAAUGAUCCCAAAAUUAUCCGCCAGCUCAGAUCCUACUGGACGCGUCGAUUUCUGGCCAAACCAAGAGUUAAAGUUAGAAUCCGUGCACUCAACCGAAGCACUCGAGAUGAUACAAAACCAUGUGGCGCUAGUCAUCGGGGACCGCGUUGUGGACCCGUUAGACUCCCUCAUCCAGAUCAGCAAAAUCAAACUUGGAAAACUAUAUGCUGCGUCGAUCAUGUACGGAUACUUUCUAAAACGCGUAGAUGAGCGUUUUCAACUGGAGAGGUCAAUGAACACGCUUCCGGAAGGUUUUAAGGAUGAGCAGUCGAGUUUUAUGGAAUCGUCGGUUCCGCUAAGCCCAUUUUUGGACCCGGAGUCACUGAUACGGAUCCAACCCGACUACGAUGAUGAAGGUUUAAAGGGUGCGUAUGGUGAUGAUGGUAAAUCGCAUAGAUUAAGAACAUAUGUUAUGCAAUUGGAUGUAGAGACGCUUCAGAGAUAUGCUACCAUAAGAUCGAAGGAAACGGUUUCUUUGAUAGAAAAGCAAACUCAGGCUCUGUUUGGAAGACCGGAUAUUAAAGUAUCUGAAGAUGGUUUAUUAGGUGCGGGUAAUGAUGAAGUGGUUUCUGUGACGUUUUCUGGAUUGACGAUGUUGAUUCUUGAGGCGGUUGCGUUUGGAUCGUUUUUGUGGGAUGCUGAAAAUUAUGUGGAAUCUAAGUACCAGUUUCUAAGAAACUGAGAGUAUUUGUUUUGCUUUAGUAUGUAGUCAGCUGAUAUGGUGUUUUACUUGUGCCAUUUGUUGUAACCACAUUCCAAACAUUCAUAGCACAGAGAAACUCGACGUGUAUUUGAGGUCAUGAUUUCGACCUAUUUACUUAUAAAUGGGUCGGGUUAUAUAGUGUUGUGUUACCUUGCUUUA